UAUCAAGUAGCUAAGGCGAACUACUAGUAGCGUUCAGGGCCACCAUAGAAACCUUCAAUCGCAUUGUACGUACGUACAAUGGAGUUGCUACCACUCAAUUGUUUUAUCUACUUCUAUCAAUCCACUCCGCCUAGCGCCUAUUGUGACGUCAAUGUUUUACUGACCAUUUUUUGUUAUCUGUAGCUUAAUUCUUGAUACUGGUUGAUGAUGCUGAGUGCAUGCGCAAGCAUGCAGUCGAUACCAGGCCCUCUUCCUUUGACCAAGCAUGAGCGGAAGUGGGCGUGGGGACGAGGCUAGCACACAUCACACAAUACCACUGCAAUUAACGUAUACUGUACACACAACACACAAUACAGAUACUGCUUAUUGCGUAUAGCCACAGAAAUGGCUGAUGACAGCCAGUCAUGUGAUACUCCCCUACACACUGCUGCAAGCCGUGGGGACUUAGAUGAGGUCAGAAAGCUGUUGAAAACAAAGCAAUAUGAAGUGGACGUCAGAAACUCACACAACCAAACAUCUCUUCAUCUCGCAUGUGCUAAUGGUCAUCUUGCUACGGUUUGGACACUAGCCAAUGACUUUGGUGCUGACAUAGGAGCUAUUGAUAAUGACAGAAAUACACCAUUGCUCUUUGCUGCCAAGAACAGAGAUGUACAAAUAAUUAUCAUGCUGGUUCUAUUAUCACUGUGUGGUAGACGACUUUCCAACGGAGAUACAAAGCCAUGUUACUUUAGUAAUCAAUUGCAAAUUGAUUCUAAUGAAGUUAAAAUCUUUGAGGAUGUCCUCUUUGAGUAUUACAAUAGCUCUGAACCUAUAACUCUACAGUUAAACAAUAUAUUUUUAUAUUAUAACGAAAUCAAAGAUCACAAUAAUGUAGGCUUCUUUGCAUUGCUUGUAGCUGCAUCACUUGGUCUCAAAGACUUGAUUAAUCGGUUAGUUACAGAAAAAAAAGCAGACAUCAAUGAAAAGGGCUUCUGUGGAUUGUCUGUUCUCCACUGUGCCUGUUUUGGAGGACAUGUUUUGCUCUUAGAAACUCUUAUUUCAGAAUAUGGUAUUGACCCUUUGGUAAAAGAUAAAAUUGGGCACUCACUUUUGCAUUAUGCUGUAGCAGGGGAGGGAGCUCCCUAUUCAUGCCAAGGUGGUCAUAUAGAACUGAUAGACAAACUGGUAAUGGAAUAUGGACUCAAUCUCGAAGAUACAGACGAUGAAGGUAACACACCUUUACAUACUGCAGCCAUGAGAGGACACGUUGAAACAAUGAGACACAUGAUUAGUAAGCACAGUGCUGAUAUUGAUUGCACUAAUAAUCAGAAUGCUACACCAUUGAUGCUAGCUAUGCUGAAUGGUCAUGUGAAUGUUUUGGAUGUGUUAGUUAAAGCAUUUAACAGCAGUCAUCACGUUCGAGGAUACCAUGGUUUUACUCUCCUUCACCAAGUAUGCCAUGGUGGCCAUAUAGAACUGGUAGACAAACUGAUAAUAGAAUAUGGCCUCAAUCUCAAAGAUAGAGACGAUAAAGGUAACACACCUCUACAUAUUGCAGCCAAGUUUGGACAUGUUGAAGUAGUGAGACACCUGAUCAUUAAGCACAGUGCUGAUAUUGAUUGCACUAAUAAAAAGAACAAUACACCAUUGAUGCUAGCUGUGCUGAAUGGUCAUGUGAAUGUUUUGGAUGCAUUAUUUAAAGAAUUCAGCAGCAGUUGUCACGUCCAAACAUACAAAGGCCGUACUCUACUUCACCAAUCAUGCAGAUAUGGCCAUAUACAAGUGAUAGACAAGCUGAUUAUGGAAUAUGGCCUCAAUCUCAGAGAGGAAGAUGAUAGUGGAAACACACCUCUACAUAUUGCAGCCAUGUUUGGACAUGUUGAAGCAGUGAGACACCUGAUUAGUAAACACAGGGCUGAUGUUGAUUGCACAAACAAAAAGAACAAUACUCCAUUGAUGCUAGCUGUGCGGAAUGGUCAUGUGACUGUUUUGGAUGCCUUAGUCAUAGAAUUUAACAGCAUUUGUCAUAUCCGAGGAUACAAAGGUCGUGCUCUUCUUCACCAAGCAUGCAACGGUGGCCACAUAGAACUGAUUGACAAACUGGUGAUGGAACAUAGCCUCGAUCUUGGAGACAGAAAUGAGAAUGGAAAUACACCUCUACAUAUUGCAGUCAUGUUUGGACAUGUUGAAACAGUGAGACACUUGAUCAAUAAACACAGCGCUAAUGUUGAUUGCACUAACAAGGACAACAAUACACCAUUGAUGCUGGCUGCACUGAGGGGUCAUACGCAUGUUUUGGAUGUAUUAGUCAAAGAAUUCAACAGCCGUUGUCAUGUUCGAGAUAGCAAUGGUUAUACUCUCCUUCACUAUGCAUGCCAGGGUGAUCAUGUAGAACUGAUAGAUAAACUGGUGUUGGAAUAUAGCCUCGAUCCUGGAGAUAGAGAUAAUGAUGGAGACACACCUCUACAUAUUGCAGCCAUGUUCGGACACGUCGAAGCAGCGAGACACCUGAUCAGUAAGCACAGUGCUGAUAUCGAUUGUACUAAUAAUGACAACAAUACUCCAUUGAUGCUAGCUGUCCUGAAUGGUCAUACUUCUGUUUUGGAUGUAUUAGUCAGAGAAUUCAACUGCAGUCCCCAUAUCCGAGGAUUGAACGAUUUUACUCUCCUUCACUUUGCAUGCCAUUAUGACCACAUAGAACUAAUAGAAAAACUGGUUGUAGAAUGUGGCCUCAAUCUCAAAGAUAGAGAUAAUGGUGGAAACACACCUCUACAUAUUGCAGUCAUGUUUGGACAUGUUGAAACAGUGAGACACUUGAUCAAUAAACACAACGCUAAUGUUGAUUGCACUAACAAGGACAACAAUACACCAUUGAUGCUGGCUGCACUGAGGGGUCAUACGCAUGUUUUGGAUGUAUUAGUCAAAGAAUUCAACAGCCGUUGUCAUGUUCGAGAUAGCAAUGGUUAUACUCUCCUUCACUAUGCAUGCCAGGGUGAUCAUAUAGAACUGAUAGAUAAACUGGUGUUGGAAUAUAGCCUCGAUCCUGGAGAUAGAGAUAAUGAUGGAGACACACCUCUACAUAUUGCAGCCAUGUUCGGACACGUUGAAGCAGUGAGACACCUGAUCAGUAAGCACAGUGCUGAUAUCGAUUGUACUAAUAAUGACAACAAUACUCCAUUGAUGCUAGCUGUCCUGAAUGGUCAUACUUCUGUUUUGGAUGUAUUAGUCAGAGAAUUCAACAGCAGUCCCCAUAUCCGAGGAUUGAACGAUUUUACUCUCCUUCACUUUGCAUGCCAUUAUGACCACAUAGAACUAAUAGAAAAACUGGUUGUAGAAGGUGGCCUCAAUCUCGAAGAUAGAGAUAAUGAUGGAAACACACCUCUACAUAUUGCAGCCAUGUACGGACAUGUUGAAACAGUGAAACACCUGACCAGUAGGCACAAUGCUGAUGUUGAAUGCACUAAUAAUCAGAAAGCUACUCCAUUGAUGCUAGCUGUGUUGAAUAGUCAUAUUCCUGUUUUGAAUGUGUUAGUCAAAGAAUUCAACAGCAGGCCCCAUGUUCGAGGUUUCAAUGGUUAUACUCUCCUUCACUAUGCAUGCCAUUGUCACCACAUAGAACUGAUAGACAAACUGGUUGUGGAAUAUGGCCUUGAUCUCAGAGAUAGAGAUGAUGAUGGAAACACACCUCUACAUAUUGCAAUCAUGUUCGGACAUGUUAAAACAGUGAGACACCUGAUCAGUAAGCACAAUGCUGAUAUAGAAUGUACUAAUAACCAGAAGUCUACUCCAUUGAUGUUAGCUGUGCUGAAUGGUCGUACUCCUGUUCUGGAUGUAUUAGUCAAAAAAUUCAGCAGCAGUCUUCCUGUCCGAGGAUUGAACGAUUUUACUCUCUUUCACUAUGCAUGCCAUUAUGGCAACAUUGAACUAAUAGACAAACUCGUGAUGGAAUAUGGCCUUGAUCUCAGAGAUAAUGAUGGAAACACACCUCUACAUAUCGCAAUCAUGUUCGGACAUGUUGAAGUAGUGAAACACCUGAUCAGUAAGCACAAUGCUGAUAUUGAGUGCACUAAUAAUCAGAAGUCUACUCCAUUGAUGUUAGCUGUGCUGAAUGGUCAUACUCCUGUUUUGGAUGUAUUAGUCAAAGGAUUCAGCAGCAGUCACCGUGUCCGAGGAUUGAACAAUUUUACUCUCUUUCACUAUGCAUGCCAUUAUGGCCACAUAGAACUGAUAGACAAACUGGUUGUGGAAUAUAGCCUUGAUUCCACAGAUAGAGAUAAUGAUGGAAACACACCUCUACAUAUUGCAGCCAUGUACGGACAUGUUGAAGUAGUGAGACACCUGAUCAGUAAGCACAGUGUUGAUUUUGAAUGCACUAAUAAUCAGAAGUCUACUCCAUUGAUGAUAGCUGUGCAGAAUGGUCAUAUUCCCAUUUUGGAUGUGUUAGUCAAACAAUUCACCAGCAGUCCUCAUGUCCGAGGAUUGAACAAUUAUACUCUCCUUCACUAUGCAUGUGAUUAUGGCCACAUAGAACUAUUAGACAGACUGGUUGUGGAAUAUGGUCUUGAUCUCACUGAUAGAGAUGAUGAUGGAAACACACCUCUACAUAUUGCAGCUAUGUUCGGACGUGUUGAAGUAAUGAAACACCUGAUCAGUAAACACAGUGCUGAUAUUUAUUGCACUAAUAAAGAUAACAACACUCCAUUGAUGCUGGCUGUGCGGAAUAAUCAUGUGAAUGUUUUGGAUACCUUAGUCGCAGAAUUCAACAGCAGUUUUCUUGUCCGAGGAUAUAAUAGUCGUACUCUCCUGCACCAGGCCUGCAAAUAUGGCCAUAUAGAACUGAUAGACAAACUGGUGGUGGAGUAUAACCACAAUCUUGCAGAUAGAGAUGAUGAUGGAAGCACACCUCUACAUAUUGCAGCAUUGUACGGACUUGUUGAAACAGUGAGACACCUUAUCAGUAAGCACAGUGCUGAUAUUGAUUGCACUAAUAAUCAGAAUUCUACUCCAUUGAUAAUAGCUGUGCAGAAUGGUCAUAUUCCUAUUUUGGAUGUGUUAGUCAAAAAAUUCACCAGCAGUCUUCAUGUCCGAGGAUUGAACAAUUAUACUCUCCUUCACUAUGCAUGUGAUUGUGGCCACAUAGAACUAUUAGACAGACUUGUUGUGGAAUAUGGCCUUGAUCUCACUGAUAGAGAUGAUGAUGGAAACACACCUCUACAUAUUGCAGCCUUGAAAGGACAUGUUGAAACGGUGAGACACCUGAUCAGUAAGCACAGUGCUGAUUUUAAAUGCACUAAUAAUCAGAAGUCUACUCCAUUGAUGAUAGCUGUGCAGAAUGGUCAUAUUCCUAUUUUGGAUGUGUUAGUCAAACAAUUCGCCAGCAGUCCUCAUGUCCGAGGAUUGAACAAUUAUACUCUCCUUCACUAUGCAUGUGAUUGUGGCCACAUAGAACUAUUAGACAGACUUGUUGUGGAAUAUGGCCUUGAUCUCACUGAUAGAGAUGAUGAUGGAAACACACCUCUACAUAUUGCAGCCUUGAAAGGACAUGUUGAAACGGUGAGACACCUGAUCAGUAAGUACAGUGCUGAUUUUAAAUGCACUAAUAAUCAGAAGUCUACUCCAUUGAUGAUAGCUGUGCAGAAUGGUCAUAUUCCUAUUUUGGAUGUGUUAGUCAAACAAUUCGCCAGCAGUCCUCAUGUCCGAGGAUUGAACAAUUAUACUCUCCUGCACUAUGCAUGUGAUUGUGGCCACAUAGAACUAUUAGACAGACUGGUUGUGGAAUAUGGCCUUGAUCUCACUGAUAGAGAUGAUGAUGGAAACACACCUCUACAUAUUGCAGCCUUGAAAGGACAUGUUGAAACGGUGAAACACCUGAUCAGUAAGCAUAUUGCUGAUGUUGAUUGCACUAAUAACUAUGUCGCUACUCCAUUGAUGCUGGCUGUACUAAAUGGUCAUGUGCAUGUUUUGGAUGCAUUAGUGAAAGAAAUGAAGUGCAAUUGUCAUAUCCGAGAUAGCAACGGUCGUACUCUCCUUCACUAUACAUGCCAUGGUGGUCAUGUAGAACUAAUAGAUAAACUGGUUGUAGAAUAUGGCCUUAAUCUCGCUGAUAGAGAUAAUGAUGGAAACACACCUCUACAUAUUGCAGCUUCGAUAGGACAUGUUGAAGUAGUGAGACACCUGAUCAGUAAGCACAGUGCUGAUAUUGAUAUGGAGAGCACCAAUACUAGCAAUAAGAGUCCAUUGAUGAUAGCUCUGCUGAACGAUAAUAAUUUUAUUUUGGAUAUGCUAGUCAGAAAGUUUAACAGUAGUCAUCAUGUCCAAAGUUAUACUCUCCUUCACUCUGCGUGUAAACGUGGCCAUAUAGAACUGAUAGACAAACUAGUGACAAGGUAUAGCCUCGAUCUCGGAGAUAGAGAUGCUGAUGGAAACACACCUCUACAUAUUGCAGCAAUGGCAGGACACAUUGAAACAGUGAGACACCUGAUUAAUAGGCACAGUGUUGAUAUUAAAUGCACUAAUAAGCAGAAUAAUACACCAUUGAUGCUAGCUGCACUGAAUGGUCAUAUACAUGUUUUUAAUGCGUUAGUCAAUGACAACUGUCAUGUUCGAGGAUACAAAGGUCGCACUCUCAUUCACUUAGCAUGCAAUGGUGGUCAUAUAGAACUCAUAGACAAACUGGUGAUGGAAUAUAGCCUCGAUCCCACAGAUAGAGAUGAUGAUGGAGACACACCUCUACAUAUUGCAGCCAUGGAAGGACAUGUUGAAGUAGUGACAUACCUGAUCAGUAAACAUAGUGCUGAUAUUGAUAGCACCAAUCAUAGUAACAACAGUCCAUUCAUGCUAGCUGUGCUGAAUCAACACGUGAAUGUUUUAGAUGUGCUAGUCAAAGAAUUCAACAGUAGUCAUCUUGUCCGAGGUUAUACUCUCCUUCACUCUGCAUGUGAACGUGGCCAUAUAGAACUGAUAGACAAACUGGUAAUGGAAUAUGGCCUCGAUCCUGCAGAUAGAGAUGUUGAUGGAAACACACCUCUACAUAUUGCAGCCAUGGCAGGACAUGGUGAAACAGUAAGACACCUGAUUAUUCAGCACAAAGUUGAGACCAAUAUUACUAACAAUAAAAAAUCUACCCCAUUGUGUUUAGCUGCUGAAUGGGGUCAUGAGGUUGUAAUAUAUGUUUUGAUUAAUGAUUUCAAUUGCACCCCACAUGUGAGAGGCUACAAUGGUCAAACUCUGCUUCAUUUUGCUUUACAGAAUAGUCACAUAGAAGUUUUGAAUAGUUUAGUAGUCAAGUAUAAGGUGGAUCCAACAAUUAGAGACAACGAUGGGAACACACCUCUCCAUAUUUUGUGUAGUACAUCGCAUACUGAAGAAGAAAUACUGAAAACAAUUCUUUGCAAGUAUCAGUACUGGACAGUGUUUCAAGUGAAUAAUGAUGGCAACACCCCUCUUCACACAGCAACUCGAUAUGGGCAAGCUCGUUGUGCACGCUUACUAUUGCAGAAAUACAAUGCUCCACUUUUUGUGCGAAAUAAAGACGGGAAGACGGCCCUGGAUUUAGCAAAAAUUCAAAAAAGCCACGAAAUUCUCACCAUUUUUCAAACUUAUAAUUCAGAAAUCCAGUCAACCUAUCAGCAGCUAGAUAAACUUGCUAAACAAGAGUUUGGUGGUGAAAAGCACCUCAGCAGAAUAUUUGUUGUAGGUCAUCCAGGUGCGGGGAAAUCCACGCUUGUUGAAACUAUCAAAAAGGAACGUUUGAUCAGCUACUUCAACACAUCAACUGUAGCACCUCACACUGCAGGCAUUGUUCCAAGUACUUAUGACAGUAGUGCUUAUGGAAGAAUGAUACUCUAUGAUUUUGCUGGUGAUUCCGAGUACUAUUCCUCGCAUGCUGCAAUUAUGGAGUCAAUCAACACAUCAAAAGGAAGUAAUAUUUAUUUGAUAGUUUGUGAUGUGAGUAAAAAUGAAAAAACUGCUAUCACAAAAUACAGUUACUGGCUUUCGUUUCUAUCAUACAAUAUUAAGCAAUUCUCAAACACGAUUAUACUACCAGUGGGAAGCCACGCUGAUGUAAUCAACAAAAGGUCAGUAGAACAAGCGUUAUGUAUGCUUGACAGCGUAUCCCAAAAGUUCUGUAGCAGCUCCGAGAUUAAUGAUUUUCAAAUUGAACAAAGUGUUGCUCUUGAUUGUCGUAAACGAGGAGCUGUAGUAAAUGACAUAAAGAAACUCGCAAAUAAAUUCUCCAAUUUAGUAUCCCUUUCCCCAGAGACAAGCACUCUCUUGGGAUUGUUGAAAAAAGACUUUGAUUAUGUUCCAGCUUGUAAAGUCAACCUUCUUAUCUCUCACAUAGAAGAGACUGAAAUUCCGUUGCCACUAAAUUCAUCAUCACUAUACACUCUCAUAAGAGAGUUGCAUGAUUUGGGUCUGCUAAUGGUGAUAGAGAGAGAAGGGGACUCCAUUGAGAACCAUAUAAUAAUUCUCAAGAUAUCAACAUUCACAUCAAAUGUACACAAAAAACUCUUUUCAGAGUCUGCUAAAGCUGACCUCACAGAGCACAUUGAUCAACUCAAGUUUAGCGUAGGUAUUAUUCCAGAAUCACUACUGGAGAGAGUACUGCCAGAGUACAUCACAAAAGAAAGUCUACUUAAGCUGCAGUACUGUCACGAAAUUGAGAAUUUGUACGUGGAAGAGGACCACACUCUUUCUCAACUCACUUCAGAACCUGUACCAACAGAUAGUGCCAGUAAAGAGAAAUCUCAUUUAUUUUUCCCUGCUCUGUGUGAUCUCAAGCUUGAGGACAUUCAAUGGCCUAAAUCCGAAGGUGAUAAGAUUACUUUGGGAUGGUAUGCUAAAUGUGAUGGUGACAGAUUCGACUUCUUUCCAACACGAUUUCUUCAUGUGCUUAUCGUUCACCUCUCUCACAACUUUGCACUAAAACAAAUCCUGCCCACAAGACACAGACUCUCCACUACAGCUUCCAAUUCUUUGAUUGCUGAGGUACAUGCUGCCAAUCCUAGCUGUCGCGUCUGGUCGACUGGUCUGCAUUGGCUUAUGAAGAAUGGAGUGGAAGUGUUUGUCGAUAUGCCUAAAGAAGCUGAUAGUAAAGAACUGGUUGUACUAGCAAGGAGUGACGUCCGAAAUCAAGCCAAGUGUUCUGAAACUCUACAUCAAGUUAUUCAAAAGGUAGUGGAAGCAAAAAUGGAGUUCUGUGCUAGUAUAUUGCCUACUGUUUACCUUCUUGAUCCAAGCAACCUCAAAGAUGAACCUUUUACGAAUGCUUUGAGUUCAUCUAAAUACGCUCUUAGUGAUAUCGAAGAACUAGCAGAAGGCACUGAGGAAGUUGCCGAUAAAGACAGGCAAUGCUUCUCCACUCCUAUCAAAGAAUGGAUUAGCCCAACAAGAUGGGCCGUAUCUUACUGGAAUUUGUUUUUUCCAAUGAAUACCUUCUUGGUUCAUUCUGCUUUGCAAGAAGUAAAUAGUGCUCAAUGGAAACUGCUAGGAAUGAGUCUUCCGAUCCCCUGGAACAAAUUAGAUGACAUUGAGAAUAAUGACUCAUCAUACCCUGGUGACAUUGCUAAGAAAGAAGAAGUAAUUCGACUGUGGAUGUCUCAAGAACCCACCUGGAUAGUGUUGGUAACUCUCAGUCAAUCUGCAUAUGGAUGGUCACAGAGUUCAAGUCAAAUCUCACAAAAGCAUAAUGUGCCUCUACAAAAGAAAAUUCUCGAAAAAGAUUCAUCUCUCCGUCCUGGCGAGGACUUUCUCCAAUCAUUUGCUGCCGUCAUUGGCUCUCGUUGGCAGUGUCUUGCUUUUCCCCUCUCCCUCACUUCUGAAGACAUUGUGAGCAUAAAGAGAGAGACAAUGUCGUCAUGCUGCAGAAAUUUGUUGGUUCCGAUGGAUGAGUCCCUGAUUGACUCUGCUUUAAACUGCUUUGGAGAAUAUUUCAAUCCAUUGGAAUAA